UGGCAGCUAUAUCUACGCGACCGAUUCGUUCCCCUUGACCCAAAGGAUUAGUUCCGUAAGAUCCCAAUUCCGCCACCAUUUUCGACCUCAUCCUCCCAAAAUUAUCCGAUCCGCUUCCGCCUCCACCUCCACCGACGUUGUAUCUCCGCCUAUCUUUUUCAUCAUGUUACGGAUCAGAUGAUUUCUGGUUUAUCCAUUUGACUCAAUGAUUUCAGGUUUUAAUGUUCUCAAUCUCUGAGUUUGAUUGAUUCGCACAUUUUCGUUUUCUUUUCAAAGUUUUCUUCAAGCUCUUGGCUCGCAAAUCUGAGGCUUUGUUAGACCCUACGAAAAUUAGGGUUACGGAGAGCAUUUCAAUAUGCCUUCGUUAACUAUUGAUCUCUACCUUCGCCCUCUGCUUCCUUCUUUGACUUCUUUUCAUGGUGGUUCCUCUUCGCAUCGUCUGAAGCGGCUCGAAAAGGGUGAUCGGCGUGGUAAUCUUAGUUAACAUAGGGUUCUUUUAGUGCAUUUCGUGCUCUAUUCGUAUUCUUCAAUCUUCUCUUUCCUCCUCCUUGCUCUUUUGGUUCUAUUCGAGGUUUGGAAUUCCUAGAGAAAUUUUAAUUGUACGGUAAGGAUUUAUUGUUUUGAUCUUGAGGUUUAUUGGCAAUCGAAGCCUCUGAAAGCGAGUCACUUGCAAUUGGCUACUCGUUGAGAGGGUUUUUGCAUUCUUGAUUAUUGUGCGAGGUUCUAGCAGAUUUCUUGUGUCUUACAUAAAUCUGAAUGGACAUCCCUUCGAUUCAUCAGAAGUUGGCUGUCGGUGUAGACGGUUUGGUGGAUGAUCUGCAGUCGUCUUUGAAAGAAAUUGAUGCUGCAUUGUUUAGUGAUCUUGAUGGGUUUUUUAAGAAGUCUUUGAGCAUUGAAGAUACUCAAAGUUCAGAAUUUAAACGUGAUGUGAAUUGCAGCGAUAAUUCAAAUGUUAAAAACAAACAAAAAGAGCUUGAAAUUCCCUCGAACUUAUCUAAGAAGUGUUUAAGAAAAUCCAAAUCCUUUCCCCUCCCUGUUGUAACAUCCCCUCCAAAUGAUACUUCAGAAAAUGAUAAGGAACGACAAACAGCGAUGGGUGAUGUGUCCUGUAAUGAGUUUAAUCAUCAAGCCUUUUCACGUUCCAUUUCUUUACCAGUGCCUGGAAAGCUCUUAUCUGCGAUGAAAGGUAGCCGAGCACAACACUAUGGGGAGUCACCUAAGAUGAGUGUGACAUGGGCUCCUGAUGUGUAUGACCCUCCUCAGACAUCGUUGUGCCAUUGUGUCAAAAACAACAAGAAACAGCAGAAAUCAAAGAACAGGAAGAAUGGGAAGAAAGGACAGAAGGGCAGCAACUCUUCGCGCGGAAGUGGUGGCAGGGACAAAAGGCAGGCUCGCAAAUCUGUUGGUAGUUCUGAUCGGUAUCAAAGAUCAUUUAACUCUCAUGAAAGUUUGGUUAAUACUCUCAACGAGUUUGAGAGUUUCGACGACGGGAGCUCAGACUCUCACUGUGGAAGCAUCUUCCUGAAAACAUCAGUCACCAAGGUGCACUACUCUGUUACUGAAGCCUUGUGAGCGUUACUCGUCCAAGUUUUCAUCUUCUCUCACUGUAUUCUGUAAAUAAAUAAAAUGUUUUGGUUUCAUUUGUGAUUGUUGAUGACCGAGAUGCUUGGACCAAGAAAUUGUAUGACGUUAACUCGUUUGUUGUUUGUUUGUACGAGAGAUUCUGAGGAUUUACCUUUUGUUAUAUGAUGAUGUUUGUUGAAUUUCGACACUGUUACUAUGGUUAUGGAUAUGGUUGUGACUGCUUCUCUUUUCUA